AUGGUUCCAGCUCUUCAAUGCGAACCAGGAGAAAAACCCAUGAGAAAUCAUGUAACUGUAUGUGGGUUGAAGGCUGUGAUAAAAAAAUCUGGGACAGCAGAGAAUCCAGAUAGACUAUUCCAUGCAUGUCCAAGGUACCGGAACGACAGUCACUGCAAUUACUUUAAGUGGGUCGACAAUGAUGACUAUGAAGGGGUGGCCGAAAGUGGAACAAAGAAAGAUUAUGGGGCUGAGUUGCAAGUUGAAAGUGACUAUGAUGAAUGGAGGUUGAAGGUGGCAUGGAGAUUGGACAGCUUGGAAGCUGAAGUUAAAGCAUUGAAACUGCUAAUAAUUUUUUUGUUUGUGGUAGUUGUCAUUAAUGUGAUCCUUUGUUGUUUGUUAUGUAGUUCCAAGUAA